AUGAAAAAAAAUCUCUCAUCAAGUAUAUUCUUCCUUUAAUAUUUAUCCAAUAGGUCUAUAAGAAACAGCAUCUAGUAUGGUUAUGCAAAAGACAAACAAAGAGCUUAGAAAAUUCUUGAUAUUGAGCUAGAUAAUAAUUCAGAUUCAGAAUAUGAGCAGCCUUCCGCUUCUAAAAAUGAUUUUUCAGCUGAUAGGUCUAGUAGUAAAUACCAAUCAGAAAUAUACAAAAAAGAGCAGUAAAAAUUGCUUGAAAGAACGAGGAAAAUUGAAACACUUUUUGAGGACAAGAUAAUGAACCUCAAAUCAGAGUAGUUUAUUGCUAUUGAAGAAAAGAAUCUCGGGUUUACCAAAAAGAGGUUUUAUAAGAAAAAUGAAGUUAGAGGCUUGUAAUCAAAGAUCAAUUUGAAAUUCCCUAUCAAAGAAAUGCUCCAUGAUAGAGCAAAGGAGGCAAUCAAAGUUAAAGAGGGGCAUACCUAAGAAUUCGACAAGAUUUAUAACGAAUAGUGCAAUCCAUAAUUCUAAAGGAAUAAAAACAGGAAUGUUAGUAAUCAAUCGCCCUUUGAUAAGAAUAAUGUUCCUCCAAAAUAAUACUUGGAAGACGAUUAUGUGAUCUCAAAAAGCCCAAAUAAAAUGAGCCCUAAUCAAUAUGAUGCAUCUAAGAUACCUUUGGCUGGGAGAGUGUCUGAAAUAGGUCAUAGAAUUCUAGAACUUGGAAGUAGGCGUGCUUUAUAUAUCACGUCAAUAUAACUUGGAAAUUAAGAAGGAACUACAAAUACAGGUUACAACAAUCCAUUUUAGGAAUCAAGGACAUCAAUUAAUUAAGAAAAAUCUCCAAAGAAUAGAAGUCCUAACUAAAAAGAUAAUGUCAUUUUCAACUCUGAAUUCAACAAAUACUUAUAUGAAAGUUAGACUCUAGUUGGUACCGGUAUGGGCACUACAAAUAACAAUCAAACUUUAAAAAGCAGUAUGGAUAGGAUUUAAUUACCCUAGAUUGAUAUAAAUCCUUAUCUAAAGAAAGGCAAUGAUGGAUUAGCCAAUCAAAUUUAAUAUUUGUAAAAAUUAAGAAUAGCUAACAUUUCAUAAUUAACAACACCCAACUAGCAAUCUACUGAUGACUUAUAGUAAAGAUCUAUUGAAAAUAUUAGCCCAGCUAAUAACGGCAAUAAAAAUUUUGAGUUUGGUAGAAGGUCUUAGACAAAAUUAAAACCAGAGCAACUUGCAAGAAUUAAGGAAAUUAGAAGACACAAAAAUGAAAUGAGAAUGAAAUCGAAAAGGGACAAACUAUCUAGAUCUAUGCUAGAUAAACCUUAAAGCACGAAAAAUAAGGAGAAACUCCCAUUCUAAUUUCAAUCAAACUACUCGCAUAAUAUAAGUAAUAACUUUAUUAAUAUGAAGAGUGGGCAGGAAAAACUUACCAAGGAAGAAAUUUCCCCUAGAAAUUAGGCAAGAACAUCAUCUCUAUUUAAGAAAAGCCCUAGAUAUAAAACAAGCUAGUCAAAUAAUAACAGAAGCGUUACAAACAAUAGAGCUAAUGGAUAAUCUCCAAGAGCUUCAAUUGAAAACUUUGCUCAAAGACAUAUUCUGGAAUAAUUACUUUCAAGGCAAAAAUACACAAGCAAAAAUUCAGCUCUUAAAUAAGUAAAUAUCACAAGAGAAUCGUUUAUUUGA